CACAGCUCUUGUUAACCGCGAAAAAACGAGUCUGGUUGUGCAAGUGAUUACUACUUGGCCGCACUCGUCAUGGAAAACUGCAAUUCCGCAUGUUGGGGGCUUCUCCAUGGAUCUUGCUAGUCUGCCGCGCGAGGGGUGAUCGGCUCUACUUAACUUAUGCCGUGAAGCUGUCCACGUUCCAUCAACUUCGCGACUACUUCUACUUUUCCUUCUUCCUCUUGUUUGUCUCUGAAACCUUCCUCAGCCUCUACCAAUCCAUCGUUCGUUGUGCUUUCCUGCUUGCUCCAUUAGCCUCAUUCAAUUGGUUUUACGAAAUUAUGACUAGCGAUAUGAACAAUCCAUCAUUUGUACCUGGUGUGCUUGCCUCCGAGUCCACCAUGAAUCCUCAACUCAAUCUUGACAUCACCUCCUCUCUCACUUGUGCCUCGGAAGCAAAGACAGCACCACGGAAACCUUCAUCACAGAGAAGCACAAGCACACCCUCAAUCACUUCUCCGACCUCGCCCACCCCCUCUCAAGCCAAUGAGAUCUCUCAAAUAUCUACAAACCAGCGGCCUUCUUCCUCACGGCGUCCCAGCACAGCGAGCAAAGACGCAGACAACACACGCCUCGAAAGUCUCAAACGCAAUCGCGAAGCUGCUUCCCGCUCACGUUCGAAGAAGAAACGGCGAGAGUCCCGCAUGGAAGACACAGCUACGCUACUACAGACCCACAACGACGACCUGAAGCUUGAAACUCUGAUGCUAAAGAAUACCAUUCUGCAGCUGAAAAGCCAGAUGCUAGAUCACACAAGCUGCGAUUGUCACAAACUACGAAGUUACAUGCAGGGCUUCGCAACGCAUGGCGUGAACAACACUCUUCCCACAGUCACACCUGUGGCGGGUGAUGUGCCAUCGCAAAUAUCAGAGAUCAAAUCCGAGCCUCAGGAGCAGCAGCAGUACCAGCAUCAACAUCAGCAUCAACCUCAAAAUCAACACCAGCACCAUCACCAGCACCAGCACCAGCACCAGCAGCAGGAGCAACAACAACAACAGCAACAGCAGCAACAGCAACAGCAGCAACAGCAGCAACAGCAAUGGUACCAAAACUCAGACUCAGGCUUUGGCGAGACUUCAGGCUUCCCCGAGAAUUCGGGCUUCGACGACAUGAUGGACUUCUAUGGGCUUGAGAGCAUGGAAGACAUGCCCGAUCUGCCAAUCAAGAAGGAGUCGGCACCGCAAGAUCUGCCUUCACUGUCUCUUGAAACGAGCUUGUCGCCACUAUCAAAUUCGGAGCUCUCACCUUCUCUGUCAGACCGUCGCAGUCUAUACCAGCAAGUCCCAUCCUUUCGCGGUACAGAGGUAGCAGCGGAGGGUGUGAGCCCGAAAGACAUGAGCAUAUCGCCAGGGGACCUAUUUCACAAGAAUGACGACGCAAACAAUGACUGGACCAUGUAUCUCGCCGACGCGGACAUGCACAGCGGUGUCUGAAAAGAUACACAGUGCACCCCUGAGAUGGGGCUACGGAAGCUGGACGCGACAGCGGUAUCAUUUAGCCAACCAAAGUACUACCAAGGAAGGGUCCAAGUUAGGAACCAAUGGGCACCAACGGAACUUACCACGAGCUCACACCAAGAGCAGGUAGUAAACCUAUGUACCAAACCAAACUCCCCAAUUUUGGUCUAGAAGACCGAAAGGGAAGCCGCGGAAUCACCCACGGAGACUUUUCUUACAGGUGGCGCCCAAGAGGUACGCGCCACACCCACAACAUGGAUGGAACCUCGCGUAAACAUAACACACACAUACACAUAUCGAAAGCAGGGCAUACAAAUAUAUCCCAGAGAGUUGCUCCCUCUGUAGCAGCACAUAGCCUACGCUACAUACACUAAUCACGACAGACAGGCACAUAGCUCUAAAAAGUAAUUUGAUACACAAAUCAAUGCAAAGUAGAAAAUAACAAAACGUGUUCGA